GGUGGGGGAAUCUGAUUACAACAACAAAAACAGAGAGAUGAUAUGCCUGUAGUAAACAGUUGUACAAAACUGAAAAUUAAUAGGAUAACUAGAAUUAGAUCUUAAAUCAUUUACAAACAAUAAUUUGCCUGUUGAUUUUGAAGUACGGUAAACGUAAAGUCUGUGCAAUUUAGUUAGACCAAGUUUAGACAAAAUGAGUGAUUCAAACGAUGAGAUUGAUGGUAAUCAGAUUUUGGCCGAGUCAUUAAAAUCACAGGGUGUAGAAUAUGUGUUUGGAAUUGUGGGUAUUCCAGUAAUUGAGCUGAGUAUGGCAAUGCAGCAGGCAGGACUGCAUUAUGUCGGAAUGCGCAAUGAACAGGCAGCUUGCUACGCGGCGCAAGCCAUUGGUUAUUUGACAUCUAAGCCAGCUGUUUGUCUGGUGGUGUCUGGACCAGGUCUGCUUCACGUCUAUGGUGGAAUGGCUAAUGCCAAGGUUAACUGUUGGCCAUUGUUGGUGAUAGGAGGGUCCUGCCCAGAGGAUCAUGAGGGUCUGGGAGGGUUCCAGGAGUGUCGACAGGUGCAACUCAGUCAACCAUAUUGCAAGUACAGUGCUCGACCGCCCACGGUCCAGCUGAUACCCCAACAUGUGGAGCAGGCAGUCCGUGCUUCCACGUAUGGCAGGCCAGGUGCUUGCUACUUGGAUUUCCCUGCUAACCUACUGACGGCCAGAAUCGAGCGGGGAAGUGUCUCCAACCCUCACCCUUGCCCUCCACCCCCAGUACUGUGGCCUGCCCCUCAUCUCAUCAAACAAGCGGUUGCUGCCAUCAGAAAGUCAGCUAGACCACUUGUCAUUGUUGGAAAAGGAGCUGCCUAUUCCCGGAGCGAAGCUGCGGUCAGGAGACUGGUGGGGAGUACAAGGAUACCUGUACUGGCCACACCUAUGGGGAAGGGGGUCGUGUCUGACAGCAGUCCACACAGCGUAGCCUCGGCCCGCACACUGGCGCUGCAGCAUGCUGACACCAUCGUAUUGCUGGGAGCUAGGCUCAAUUGGAUGUUACACUUCGGACGCCCACCUAGGUUCAACAAAGAUGUGUUUGUGAUACAGGUGGACCUGUGUGCCGAGGAACUUAACAACAGUGUAACUGCCGGGGUGGCGAUACAGGCAGACGUGGGGGUGGUAGCAACACAGCUCUGUGAUCAGUUGGUAGAAGCUGCAUGGAGCUGCGACAAGGGUGGCAUCUGGUGGAGUGAAUUGAUCAACAAGUGUAGAUCUAAUCAGGAAACAGUUGAGAAAAUGGCCAAAGAUAUCAGUGUGCCCUUGAACUAUUAUACAGUUUUUCACCACAUUCAGCAAAUCAUUCCUAAAGACUGUAUGAUUGUGAGCGAAGGAGCCAACACGAUGGACAUAGGCCGCUCUGUUCUGCUGAAUGAGCUGCCUAGGCAUCGACUUGAUGCAGGGACGUUUGGUACAAUGGGUGUUGGGCCAGGGUUUGCCAUCGCAGCAGCUCUCUGGUGCCAGUAUUACCAGCCUGAUAAGCGAGUUCUGUGCGUCGAGGGUGAUUCUGCCUUCGGCUUCUCUGGCAUGGAGGUCGAGACCAUGUUCAGGUAUAAGCUACCGAUAACAAUAGUAGUAGUGAAUAACAAUGGAAUAUACAGUGGACUAGACAGCGAGACUUGGAAAGAAUUGCAACAAAUGCCAGAGACUGCAAAAGUGUUACCUCCCACAUCCCUCAGUGCCAGUGUCCGUUAUGACAAGAUGGUGGAGAUGUUCGGAGGCCAAGGUUACUUCUGUCAAACUAUUCCGGAGCUACAGUCUGCGCUCAGGAGUGCCCUAACUGUAAGAGAUCAACCGACAAUAAUCAAUGUCAUGAUAAAUCCCAGUGCUGAUCGUAAACCUCAAAACUUCAACUGGCUCACUACAUCAAAGCUUUAGAUCAUUCCAGGUGCAUACCCAUCACUUCCAUGUUAAUUAUUGUUAUGUAUAUCAUUAUGUUUGUUGUGGUUUUAUAUAAUUUUAUUGUUAUUUUCAUAUUAAAAGGUGCUAGUAUGUCUAUUGUA